CCCUCUCCUCCCUCUCACUAACCAGUGAAAACACAACUCCACCCAAACCACAUAUACCACAAAUACCACCCCAUAUAUACUUCAUGGUACAACCACUCUCCACCAAAACCACCCAAUAUUCCCAUACUACCCCAUGUACCACUACUUCCAUCCUCUAUCCUCUACCGCUUCUACGGGUACGCCCCCCCCAGACAAGACAACCACACACCUUACCACCCUUUACCACCUUUACCACCUUACCACCCAACUUCCUCACUUUCUCCAAUCCCACCUUCCUUCCCAUCGUCCUAUACUUACUCCCCAUACCACUUACAACUCCAACUGCCAUUCCACCACUGUCGACCAUAACCCCCACUCUCUUUCUGCUCGACUGCUUAAUUCUCAUGGCAUCAUCUCUAUUUCUUACUCCACCUGUAUAAUUUAUGUACUAGUACUCGUCUACGGUACCACUCAUCCCGCCUUAUACUCGAAAUCCGUUUCCCAUUCGUGCUCUCGCUCGGCACGCACCUCUGAGACUCACCUCCCCAGGCCCUGAGCCAGAAAACCACCUCGCCCACACCCACCCAACAACCCUCACCCUCUCAUGCGAAACGCUCCAAUGCCGUCGAUAUAGACUGCAACGACUAGCGAAACCCCCGAAAACACUCUCACAUCUCUCUGCCCCCGAGCCGAUCACGCCCCCCGACCUGGCGUGUGCAGCAUAAUGGUGCAGGUUCCCACGACGAGCGGCGGCUCGUCGGCCGCCACGCGCGCCUCCCCAGCCAGCGCGACAGCCAGCAACGCCCCCUCGACCCGAGCAAAGGGCGCCGCGAACGGCAAUGCCGUCCCGGCGCCGGUGCAUCUCAGCGCCAUGAAGUCUGCGCCGCUCGACCUGUCGAGUGUGGAGAGGCGAGGCCAGCCGACGGCGAGCCGCGAGACCACAAAGAAGAUGCGGCCGCAUGACUUGCAGGAGGCGCCCACGUAUAGGCCGACGAUGGAGGAGUUCAAGGACCCGUUUCAGUAUAUGAAGAUGAUUGCGCCGGAGGCGUCGCAGUUUGGGAUCUGCAAGAUUAUACCGCCGGCGGAUUGGAAUCCGGGGUUCGCGAUUGAUACGGAGAAAUUCCACUUCAAGACGCGAAAGCAAGAACUCAACUCUAUUGAAGGCAGCACCAGAGCGAAUUUGACAUACCUAGACCAGCUGGCGAAGUUCCAUAAGCAACACGGCACGAGUCUCACGCGGUUCCCCAGCGUCGACAAGCGCCCACUCGACCUAUAUAAACUGAAGAAGGCUGUCGAGUCAAGAGGAGGGUUCGAGAAGGUCUGCAAACUGAAAAAAUGGGCCGAGAUUGGCCGUGACCUGGGAUACAGCGGCAAGAUCAUGUCAUCGCUAUCGACCUCUCUGAAAAACUCAUAUCAGCGGUGGCUGUUUCCCUACGAGGAAUACCUGCGACAUGCGAAGCCGGGCGUCCAGGCACAGCUAGAAUACGAAUAUGGAGGGCCCAUAACGCCAUCUCCAGCUACUUCGCCAAUGAAGAAAUCACACUCACACCAACACACACCAUCUAGUCUCCGAGACGAUUCGCCGGCGGUUUCUGCUUCCGAGGCGCUCAAUUCGUCAUUACGGAAUGUCAAUGGCAACGGCACUGAGACGAAAGAUAUACCAAUGCUCGAUCGAUCGAACCAAUCUACUCCCGCUCCAGCCCCUCCGACGUCUGGCUUCACGCCGGUUAAUGCGGGCGGAUUUACAGCCGUGAAUGCAGGGCAGGGGGGAUUUACACCUGUCAAUCACGCGCGGCGCGAGAGGGAACCAGAAAGGAGCUUUACGCCUCCAAGGAGGGCCGUCGACAGCCCGAUGUCUUCGGCCAAGAACACGCCCGAAUAUCGUCCCUCCAACCUCAAAUCGACACCAUUGACGAAUGGGUUCACAUCCAACCCGCUCAAGCGCCAAAUGAGCCACGACAGCAUAGAUUCGCGGAAGGAAAAUACAACUCCACGUGACGACAGCGACGGUGGUGCAAACGGACGCCGAAGCAAGAGAUUAAAGAAAGAGCCGGUUCCAACUGUGGCGGGGUCGCAUAUGAGCUUCCUACGACCCUUGACACCCAGGAUACCAGGCGAGCCGGGGUCGUUCGCGCCUGGUGAGAAGUGCGAGCAUUGCGCCAAGGGGGAGGAUGCGGGUACGCUCUUAGUCUGCGAGUCGUGUGAUCACGGGUAUCAUAUGCAGUGCCUGGAUCCCCCGCUCACGCAGAAACCGGAUUAUGACUGGAAUUGCCCGAGGUGUCUGGUGGGUGAUGGCCAGUUCGGGUUUGAGGAGGGAAGCAUCUACUCCCUUAAGCAGUUUCAUGAUAAGGCGGCGGAUUUCAAGGAGGGGUACUUCCAGAAUCGGCUACCGUUUGACCCGGUUCUCAACUGUCCGCGACCAGUUACUGAGGAUGAUAUUGAGAGGGAGUUUUGGAGGUUGGUUGCUAGUCUUGAGGAGACUGUUGAAGUUGAGUAUGGCGCCGAUAUCCAUUCCACGACUCACGGUAGCGGGUUCCCGACAAUCGAGAGGAAUCCGCGGGAUCCGUAUUCGACUGAUCCGUGGAAUCUUAAUAUUACGCCCCUGCACCCAGACUCCUUGUUCAGGCACAUCAAAUCAGAUAUCUCUGGCAUGACCGUGCCGUGGCUCUAUGUUGGCAUGAUCUUCUCGACUUUCUGCUGGCACAACGAGGAUCAUUAUGCUUAUUCCGCGAACUACCAGCAUUUUGGCUCGACGAAGACGUGGUACGGUAUCCCGGGCGAGGAUGCAGAGAAGUUCGAAAAUGCGAUGCGGGAAGCCGUGCCGGAGCUGUUCGAAACGCAGCCAGAUCUUUUGUUCCAACUUGUCACAUUACUUACCCCCGAGCAACUGAAGAAGGCCGGCGUCCGAUGUUACGCUCUUGACCAACGCGCUGGGCAAUUUGUGAUUACGUUCCCCCAAGCUUACCAUGCGGGCUUUAACCACGGUUUCAACUUCAACGAGGCUGUCAACUUCGCGCCUAAGGACUGGGAGCCGUUUGGGGAUGUUGGCGUCGAGCGACUUCAGCAGUUCAGGCGCCAACCCUGCUUUUCCCACGAUGAACUUCUUUGGACUGCCGCGGAGGGUCAUGCGACUGGUGGUGUGACUAUCGAGACGGCGAAGUGGCUUGCGCCGGCGCUGGAGCGCAUGCGAGAGAAGGAGGUUGAGCUCCGCAAGAAUUUCAUGGCUAAGCACAACGAUAAUAACCACCCUUGCGUUAUCACGGAUGAGAUUGAAGGCGCCGGACCGCGAUGCCAUGUCAAGUUCGAGGUGGAUGAUCGGGAUGUUCCGGAGGAGGAGUAUCAGUGCUCCUACUGCAAGGCUUAUGCGUAUUUGUCGAGGUAUAAGUGUGAUAAGUCGGGUAAGGUUUUGUGUCUUUUGCACGCGGGCAAUUACGAGUGCUGUGAGAUGUCUGAGGAGGAGAGGUAUAAGGGCAAGAAUCACACGCUCCACUAUCGCCGUACCGAACAGGCUAUUAGCAGUAUCUACCAGAAGGUUUGCGACAAGGCGCAUCUGCCAGAGGUAUGGGAAGACAAGGUCACAAAGACACUAGAAGAAGACGCAACACCGUCUUUAAAAGUGCUCCGCGCUCUCCUCAAUGAGGGGGAGCGCAUCCCCUAUGACCUCCCCUCUCUCCCAACCCUAAAGACCUUCGUGGACCGCUGCAACGAAUGGGUCGACGAAGCCACCAACUACAUCGUGCGCAAACAACAAAACCGCCGCAAGAGCGAGAAGAGCUGGCGCAAGGGCAGCAAAGCCGCCGAAGCCGAGGAGCGCGAGCGCGAGCUCCGCAAAGUCGAGAACGUCGUAAAGCUCCUCAAGGAUGCCGACGCCCUCGGCUUCGACUGCCCGGAAAUCACCCAGCUGCGGGAGCGCGCCGAGGCCAUCACCAGUUUCCAGCGCGACGCCAAGAUGGCGCUCGACAACCAGAAUGUGCGCGACACGCAGGUGUUUGAGGAGCUGCUCGAGCGCGGGCGCGGGCUCAAUGUGGAUAUGCCCGAGACGGAGCGGCUGGAGGGGGUGGUGGCGAAGAAUAAGUGGGAUGAUAGGGCGAAGGAGGCUAGGGGCCAGUUUUUGUCGCUGACGGAUAUCAAGGAGCUGAUUGCGGCGGCGGAGAAGCUGGAGAUUCUACCGGCGAGUAACAGCUAUCUCCGCCACUUUAAGGAGCAGAAGGAGGCGGGAGAGGGUUGGGAGAUGAAGGCCAAGGAACUCAUGUCUGCGGAGUCGAUUCAUUACCCCCAGCUGGAGGCGCUGUCGAAUCAGGCGCAGGCGGCUGCGAUACCGGUUUCGGCGGAGACGCUGGCGCAGGUUGAUCAGAUCCUUAAUAAACAGCGCGAAGCGCAUCGGCAGAUUGUGUCUCUCUACGACCGCAGCAAGGAAGCGGAUAUCUCGAAGCGGCCCACGUACUCCGAAGUCGUCUUCACGGUGGAUAGUCUGCUAGACCUGAACAGCAAGCCGAGCGGCACGCUGGACCUCGAGAAAGAGCAGAAGCGCCACGAGGACUGGAUGCGCAAGGGCAAGAAGCUGUUUGGGAAAGCGAACGCCCCACUGCAUAUCCUCAAGACGCAUAUGGAGUAUGUGCUUGAGCGGAACUUGGAUUGCUUCGAUAUCAUGUAUGAUAAGCCGCGGAUGCCGGCGGAGCCGGCGUCGAGGGAGCCGAGCCCGGUGGAUGGGAAGAUGCAUACGUGGGAAGAUCCGAGGUUUAGGGAGGUGUUUUGUAUUUGUCGUAAGGUGGAGGCGGGGAUGAUGAUUGAGUGCGAGUUAUGUCAUGAGUGGUACCACGGCAAAUGCCUCAAGAUCGCGCGCGGCAAAGUCAAAGAAGACGAGAAAUACACCUGCCCCAUCUGCGACUGGCGCGUCAAGAUCCCGCGCGACGCCGCCCGCCCAAAACUCGAAGACCUAAUCGAAUGGCAGAACGAGAUCAAAUCCCUCCCCUUCCAGCCCGACGAAGAGGACCUCCUCGCGCGCAUCAUCGACAAUGCGCAGGACUUCCGCAAUCACGUCGCGCCCUUCUGUAACCCUAUCAUGGCAACCUCUGAGGAGUCGUCGAUUCUGAGGUUUUACUUACGCAAGAUUGAAGGGGCGGAGAUAUUGUUGGUCAGGGAGACGAAUUAUUUCCGCGCGCAGUUGCAUAAUUGGUCCCCUGUGGCGCCGGAGCCGCCGCCGGUGCUGGAGACGUCGAAGUCGACGAGGAAGCCGCGGCCGACGAAGUUGCAGAAGUUGAUGGCUCAACAUGGCGUCGAUGACCCUGAAAACCUCCCUCAGUCUCUGCGCACCAAGCAACACGGCUUCAAGCGGAAAUCCAGCGAACCGCAAUCCGCCCCGCCCCGACCGGCGCUGCAACCCGCUCCGGGGGGGGCGCAGGGACACUACGCGAUGCAGCAGUUCUCGGCGCAGCAGCAGCAGGCGCAGAAUGGCGUGUACCCUGGCUCUGGACCGCGGAUGUUGGCGGAUUCACCGCACCUUCAGCAACAGCAACAGCAGCAGCCAAGGUUUGCGUAUGAUGAGAUUCCGUAUGGGGCACGAGAGAGACAGCCGGGGUUUGCACCGAUGGCGUUCGUGCAUGCAACUCCCUAUGGCGGCUCUGGACAGGGUGCCCAGGGGCCGUUUACAGGGGCGGCGAUGGGGCGGGGGGGGGAGAUGACGCUUGAUGGGCGGGGGAUGGGGAGUCCGCUUGGGGAGGGGUUUGAUUCGUCUAGUAUCACUGGGGGACUGCCAGGGGGUUCUGGGGGGGGGGGAAACGGAGGGGAAAAGAGGGCGAAGGAGGAGGCGGGUGGGGGGGAGGCGGGGGAGUUGUUGAGGGAUAUGACGAUGUUUGGGGAGGACGGGGGUUGGGAUGAGUGAGUUCCCUCUUUUUGGGGGGUGUAUGUGGAGGAGACGUGUAAUUAUGGGCAAAGGGGUGUCUUACUUCCCGCCCUGGUUUCCUUUUGUCGUCGCUUUGGGCUGGCUGGCUGGGUUGGCUUUUGAGUUUUAAAUUUGGGGGGAGUUGAUGUUUUUUUGGAGUUCUUUUUUUGGGGGCCCG